UUAACAUAGCAACAUAUAAACUUCCGGUGUGGAAAUUUCGCCCUGCACAAUUGUCGGCUAAGCUUAGAUACAUCAAGUUAGGAUUUGAUUUAACAAAACUACCAAAAUGAGUAAAGAAACAAAUCUAAGAUACGAACAACCACACAACCCUAGUAAAUUAUAUCAAGAAUAUACAAAAAAUUUGCAGGCAAAUGAUCAGCUGCUGAUCAAUGACAUUGAUCAAAAAGUGCUUGAUCAAAGAGAGCUCCAUGACAAGUGGUUUGAAAAGAGUAACCUAAAGGUGAAAGCCAAAGCAUACCAGUUAGGGAAAAAGCAGUUGGAACAAGAAAUGAAAAUGGUGGCCAAGGCCAAUCUACUGGUUCGCCAGAGGGCCCUCGCUCUGCGGAUAGAGGCAGACCAGAAAAUGUAUGAAGAAGAAUUGGCACAGAUGGGGAAGACUUUUCACAAACAACGUGUUUGAGACCCUUUGUAUGGACCUAUUUAUCUUUUCGUGAGCAAAAGUUUUUAUGUUGAAUGGUGGAGUCUUGAGUAAAGCAGGUAUUGAACAGAGAGGAGUAAGUGUGAGACUGAUAUAUAAAUUGUUGUAAAUUUACUACAGAGUGCUUGUUGUAAGAGUCAAAAUCACUUUUAAAAAAUGGCUUGUGCAUGAAAGAUGUACCACUGUACUUGUUUGGACAUACUAAUAUGUAGCUGUGAUAAUUGUCUUUCACUUUCAAGCUGAAAACCUUCACUGCAUUUUGAAAAUUUGGCUGACCUCACUCACAAAGAAGUCAAUACUUACGGUAAAGACAGGCAAGAUCUUGAGUCAUUCCUAAGCAACAAUUUAAUGUAGAGCCUCUCACUCAGACUAUAAGGUUGCCUUUUACCUUCUGGCAACGGCAAAAUCUCAUCUUGCAGAAAAGUAGAAGCCUAUUUCUUGUGAAGAUGCCUAGUUUGUCUUGCAGUAUUUCUGCCAAUGAUGAUCUAUUGUAAUAUUUCUCCUUGUGGUCGUAUAACAAUGUUCUCUAUUUUGGAAUUACUCUUAUGGAUGCAAUGUGUGUCUGAAAGUUGUUGAAUAUAUGAAUAUAAGUGUCUAUUUUGUGAUAUAUAUAUUUUGUGCUAUGCCAUAAGGUUUUGUUGUAAAUAAUUAUGCCUCAUGUGAGUCUUUUCUCUCCAUUUCGCGCUUCUUUGACAUAAAUCUUAAGUUUCAUCUGAUGUGUAUUUUUCUGCCUAUCUGUUUCUGCUAAUCUGUAUUACUGAUGAGAUAAAAGAUUUCCAAGAAAAUAUUGUGUUGUUACAGGAACCAGUACUUUAAAACUUUCUGAGAAAGGCUAUGAAAAAUUCCAUUUUAUAUUUUGAAAUAGAUUUUUAUGAUCAUCAACAGCUUUCUUAAAUCUAGAGCGAACCUUCUUUGUCUGUUUCUUUUACUUUGUUUGAUUUACACAACAUUGGCAAUUCAAACGGAUGCGCAUUUUCAGAGACUCUAGGCUCAUACUAUGUUGACCUUCACAUCACAUUUUUAUUCCUGUUUGAAUGCAUUAAUGAAUAAAAAUUAUCACACUAGGUUAAAGUUGCAUGAACAUUGUUCAUUUCAUAAGUAACUUGAAGCAUUAAACAUUUACAGAUUCUAAAACCUCUGCUA